AUGUGGCUCUUUGCUCUCCCUGCGCCGUUCCUGUAUUCGUAUAGUGGUUUUGCCGGUGCCAUGUGCACCUAUUUGAUCAUCUCUGAUGGUGUCGGGCUCAUCGAUAAAGAUUGGGACUACAAGACACAUACGCAACGAGUUGAUGCGUACCCGAUCGCUGAGGAAUCGGCACCUACCGUUGAUAUCUUCCAGCCUUGCUUCUCAGAGACCCUCGAGAUCUUGGAGAAUACGUAUAAACACAUCAUCAACCUCGACUGGCCUGAAUCCAAGAUCAAGGUUUGUGUGAUGGAUGACAGCGCGCAAGAUGCUGUUCGCGGGUUGGCAACGAAAUAUGGCUUCAUUUACUAG